AUGGGCCCGUGGUCGCGGGUCGUGGGGGCCCUGGACGCGCUCGAGGCUGCCUUGGGCCCGCUCCUCGUCGCGACUGGCCUCUGCCUCUCGGCCUUCAUGCUCUACGCCUUCCUCUACGCGAUGCUACCGCCGCUCUAUGCGCUGCAUGGCGCAUGCGUCGCCUUGGGCCAUGGCGCCGUCGGGCUCUUCCUCUUCGUGCAAAUGCUAUGGAACCACGUCUUGUGCAUUCGCAGCAGCCCUGGCGAAAUGAGCUUGAUGCCGACGAUCUACGAAGAUGCGAUUCUGUGCGACUACUGCAACGCGCCGCAGCCGCCUCGCUGCACGCACUGCCACGCGUGCGAAGCGUGCAUCCUCGAGCUCGACCACCAUUGCAUCUGGAUGAACAACUGCAUUGGCUACUACAACUACCGGUACUUUUGGCUCUACCUCCUCUACGGCUGGCUCAACUGCGCCCACGUCGCGUACCUCGCGGACGCGGCCAUGGCCCAGCGCCCGCAUGACCUCUCGUUUUCGGACCAAGUGCUCUUGCAUUUCCCGUACGUUAUCUGCGUCGGGCUGUCGCUCGCGCUCUUUAGCCUCUGGGUCGUUCACGUCUACCUGCUUGUCGCGGGUCAAACGACCUUGGACCUUCUCAGAAGCGAGCCUUUGCGCAAGACCCUCUCCGUGACGGCGAUGCGGCGAAACGUCGAACGCGUCUUUGGCUCGCCCUGGUGGCGUGCGAUGUUGCUGCCGACGAUCGCGCUCCGACCAGAGAAGCGCCACCGCAAGUUGAGCAGCGUCCCCCACCUCGUCGCAGUGUAAACCCAACGCGAUAAGAAGGUUGUUUGUAC